AUGCAAAAGCCGCCUUUCUCAACAACUACUUUGCAGGAUGCCUUUGAUGGAAAACUCAUUGUUCGAUUCGAUGACACGAACCCAGCCAAGGAGAAACAGGAGUUUGAGGAAUCAAUACUUCACGAUCUGGGUCUGCUCGGGAUCAAACCUGAUCAAGUGACUUACACAAGUGACCAUUUCUCUCAGCUAAACGAGAUCGCUGAGCAGAUGAUUCGAGAUGGCAAUCGCUCGGACAGAGCAAUACCCCAUCAUCGCACGGGCUCGGCCUGGAACAUCUAUCCGACAUAUGAUUUCGCGUGCCCGGUAGUCGAUUCGAUUGAAGGAGCCACACACGCUCUGCGAACGACUGAGUAUGCCGACCACAACGAGCAAUACAGCUGGUUCCUCGACACUCUAAGCCUCCAGCCAGUUUACGUCUGGGACUUUGCUCGCAUCAGCUUCAUCCGCACGUUUCUUUCCAAGCGCAAGCUCGCCAGGGUCGUAGAUUCUGGUGUUGUCACUGGGUGGGAUGACCCUCGCAUGCCUACAAUCCGCGGCAUUCUGCGCCGUGGCUUGACUCACCACGUCACACGGCGUCACACGGCGGUCGAGACCAAACAGAUGGUCACCGCGGUUAUUGUGAACGGGCCUGAUGCCGCGUACUGUGAGUCAAAACGGAAGCACCCGAAGAAUCCUGCUGUCGGAACAAAGAUCGUCACGUAUGGGCGGUCCAUAAUUCUGGACCAGGCUGAUGCUGCGUGUCUCUCAAGGGGAGAAAAGUUCACCCUUAUGGGAUGGACCAAUGCGGUAGUCGAAGAGUGCAACACCUCCGGGGACGGCACAGUCGAAGACUUGGUACUGACGCUUCAACUCGGUGAUACGGACUUUCGCAAGACCAAGAAAAUCACAUGGCUUGCUGGUGAACGGGCCGACCUCGUGAAGGCCGAGUUAUGGGAUUUUGAUUAUUUUCUCACGAAAGACACGCUUGGUAAGAAGGAAGAGUUGGAUGAUUAUCUCAGUCCUGUGUCCGCUUCGAGGACUGAGGCACUUUGUGAUGCUGAUGUGGCACAUCUGAAAACGGAUGACAUCAUUCAACUGGAACGCAAGGGGAUUUUUCGCGUUGAUAAGGCUAUUGGAGAAGGACCGGUGGGCAACGUUAUCCUCUUCAAGAUACCCAACCCUUCCAAAGGCUAG